GCACCUGGAAGACUCCAGUGAGAAUUGGGGUGUGACAAGCUAGCAGGAAGAAAAAAAAAGUUGUACUUUCCAUUCCAUGGAUCCCUUGGGUGCUCCUUCCCAAUUUGUGGAUGUUGAUAGUUUGCCAAGUUGGACUGAUAUCUAUGAGGCUAAGCAGCUGAACUCUCACCAAAACUCUGCUGGAAGAGCUCAAGUCAAUGUUAGAUCACCUUUUCCAUACAGGAGAGACAUCAAUGCAAAAAUAAUCUUAUGGAAAGGAGAUGUAGCACUACUGAACUGCACAGCCGUAGUAAAUACUAGUAAUGAGUCUCUCACAGAUAAGAAUCCAGUAUCUGAAAGUGUCUUUAUGCAUGCUGGGCCUGACCUGAGGGACGAACUCCAGAAGCUCAAAGGAUGCAGGACAGGGGAGGCCAAACUUACCAAAGGAUUUAAUUUGGCUGCACGUUUCAUCAUUCACACAGUGGGACCCAAAUACAAGAGUCGAUAUCGCACAGCAGCUGAGAGCUCUCUAUACAGCUGUUACCGCAAUGUCCUGCAGCUUGCAAAGGAACAGGCAAUGUGUUCUGUAGGAUUUUGUGUCAUAAACUCUAUGAAAAGAUGCUACCCCUUGGAGGAUGCAACCCACAUAGCACUGCGUACUGUCAGAAGGUUCUUGGAGAUUCAUGGGGAGACCCUGGAGAAGGUGGUGUUUGCGGUCUCUGAGCUUGAAGAGGCCACUUACCAGAAGUUGAUGCCUCUGUAUUUUCCAAGAUCAUUGGAGGAAGAAAUACAAUCCUUGCCUUACCUCCCUGCAGAUAUUGGCAAUGCAGAGGGGGAGCCAGUAGUACCGGAGCGGCAGAUCAGGAUUACUGAAAAGCCAGGUGUUCCAGAUGAUGCUUCGGAUGAAGAAGGGCUGGAGGCAGAUUUGUCUUUCAUUGGUUCCCAUGCUUUUGCCCGUAUGGAGGGAGAUGUUGAUAAACAGAGGCGCCUCAUCCUGCAGGGGCAGUUGUCAGAGGCGGCAUUGCAAAAACAGCAUCAGAGGAAUUACAAUCGUUGGCUGUGUCAGGCAAGAGCUGAAGAUCUAUCUGAUAUUGCUUCCCUUAAAGCCUUGUAUCAGACAGGUGUGGAUAACUGUGGUCGCACGGUUAUGGUAGUUGUUGGAAGGAAUAUUCCUAUAACAUUGAUAGACAUGGAAAAGGCUAUUCUGUAUUUCAUCCAUGUCAUGGAUCAUAUUGCAGUGAAGGAGUAUGUUCUGGUGUACUUCCAUACGCUCACAAAUGAUUACAAUCAACUAGACUCUAAUUUCUUGAAGAAACUCUAUGAUAUUGUUGAUAUCAAGUACAAGAGGAACUUGAAGGCACUGUAUUUUGUCCAUCCAUCAUUUCGUUCAAAGGUCUCGGCAUGGUUUUUCACAACCUUCACCAUCUCAGGGCUAAAGGACAAAAUCCACUAUGUGGAAAGCCUUCAGCAGUUAUUCACCGCCAUACCCCCAGAGCAGAUUGAUCUGCCUCCUUUUGUCCUUGAGUAUGAUGCAAGGGAAAAUGGGCCUUACUAUUCCUCUUAUCCUCCAUCUCCUGACUUGUGAUCUGCAGCCCUGCAAUACUGCUGGUUUCCCAUGGAUCCAUAAUCUAAUGCCUGCCAAUAUCAUGUGCAUUUGCUCAUGUACAGAAUUCAGAGAGAGGGUUUUCCCUCCCCAGCUCUGAUAUUUUUUUACUGAGAUAUUUUCAAGCACUCAAGCAAUCAGAGAACUUUAUGCCACUGUGAACUGUACAAUUAUUUCAAAUAUAUUUAUCUAAUGAAAAGGUUGAUUUCAGGAUCACCAAGUGCAUUUUAUUUUCUUUCUUUC